CAAAGAGGCAGGCAUGUUUCAACAGAUGGCUAGGGCUGUCCUGAUUCAGCCACGACACCACACCGCUACUGGUUCACUGAGAACUCUGUGAGCGAGCUAGAGAGGGAGAGAGAGAAAUGUAACUUUGGGGAGAGGGAUUUCUGUUUUUUUCUUCAUUUUAAACUCCCCCUCCCCUUUCCCUCCUCAUUUCUCUGUGUCUAUAUUAGUGUUUUGUCUCUCUAUCCGUACGUCUGAGAGAGUGGUCAUGCAGCUAGAGAGAGAGAUGGGAGCAGUGCAUUGUGAUGUGUGACUGAUUACCCAGCCCAGAGCAGUGCCCCCUCCUCCAGCAGCUCUACUGGGUCAGCACCCUGGGACAGCACCUGCUCCCCUGACAGACAUACACACGCUCAGGACCUGCAUCUGUGUGAGAGCCCAGCCGCUCCUCCAAACAUAAAGAGACUCCCACCAUCCCCAGAGAAGACAACCUUCCAUUGACAGGUAUAACUCACUCUGUCUACACCACCCCUGGGCUGUCUGGUGUGAGCUGUGUCCUAGCAGCGGCUGUAGCAGAGUGAUCCAGCAGCAGUAGCAGUAGCAGGGUUAGAGGUCAGAGGUCACCAUGGCGGGGCGGGGGACCCGUUACCUCCUCCUGCUCCUGGGGGUCGUGUCUCUGGCCCAGGCCUCCAUCUUCCUGUCCAGCCAGCGCCUCAAGGCCCGCUUCCAGAGGGACCGCCGCAACAUCAGGCCCAACAUCAUCCUCAUUCUCACUGAUGACCAGGACAUGGAGCUCGGCUCCAUGCAGGCUAUGAAUAAGACGCGUCGUAUCAUGGAGCAGGGCGGAACUCAUUUCUCCAACGCCUUUGUGACCACGCCCAUGUGCUGUCCUUCGCGCUCGUCCAUGCUGACGGGGAAGUACGUUCACAAUCACAACACCUACACCAACAAUGAAAACUGCUCCUCCCCCUCCUGGCAGGCCCAGCAUGAGACUAGAACCUUCGGAGUGUACCUCAACAACACCGGCUACAGGACAGGCUUCUUUGGGAAGUACCUGAAUGAGUACAAUGGUUCCUAUAUUCCUCCUGGGUGGAGGGAGUGGGUGGGGUUGGUCAAGAACUCCCGCUUCUACAACUACACCCUGUGCAGGAACGGAGUCAGAGAGAAACACGGCUGCGAGUACCCCAAGGACUACUUUACGGAUCUCAUCACAGAAGACAGCAUCAACUAUUUCCGUUCCUCUAAGAGGAUGUACCCCCACCGGCCAGUGAUGAUGGUGAUGAGCCACGCUGCCCCCCACGGGCCGGAAGACUCAGCACCGCAGUACAGCACUGCCUUCCCCAAUGCAUCCCAGCACAUCACUCCCAGCUACAACUAUGCUCCGAACCCGGACAAGCACUGGAUCAUGCGUUACACUGGGGCCAUGAAGCCCAUCCACAUGGAGUUCACCAACAUGCUACAGAGGAAGAGGCUGCAGACCCUGCUUUCUGUGGAUGACAGCGUGGAGAAGGUGUAUAACAUGUUGGCUGAGACUGGGGAACUGGACAACACCUAUAUCAUCUACACAGCUGACCAUGGCUACCACGUUGGCCAGUUUGGACUGGUCAAGGGCAAGUCCAUGCCCUACGAGUUUGACAUCCGAGUGCCCUUCUACAUCCGAGGACCCAACGUGGAGGCAGGAGCCAUCAACCCUCACAUGGUGCUGAACAUUGACCUGGCACCCACCAUCCUGGACAUCGCUGGCAUGGACGUCCCUCCUGACAUGGACGGCAAGUCCAUCCUCAAGCUGCUGGACAUAGAGAGACCAGUCAACAGGUUCCAGGUGAACAAGAAGGGGAAGGUGUGGAGAGACUCAUUCCUGGUGGAGAGAGGGAAGUUGCUCCACAUACGUGAUGCGCCUCCAGGGAAGGAUGUGGCACAGGAGGAGAACUUCCUGCCUAAGUACCAGCGGGUCAAGGACCUGUGUCAGAGAGCAGAGUACCAGACACCCUGCCAGCAGCUGGGACAGAAGUGGCAGUGUUUGGAGGAUGCCACAGGGAAGCUGAGGCUGUAUAAGUGUAAGGGCAUGGCCAGCAUGUCUGCAGCCCAGAAGGAAGGCCCUGCCAACAUCAAGUCCAAGUACUACCCCCAGCGCAAGGCAGAGCGCAACACAGAGCCCGACGGCUGUAACUGUGACCAGUACCCCAGCUUCAGACUCAGCACCUUUAAAAAGAAGAAGCUGCUCUCCAAGAAGAAGAUGAAAGCCAUCAAGAGCUAUGCCCGUAACCGUUACUCCCGCUCUGUGGAGAUGGAGAUAGGAGGGGACCUGUAUGCUGUAGACUUGGAGGAUGGCUACCAACCUGUACCGGCCCCCAGGAACCUCAGCCAGGCUGGGGACAGGACCCCACGCGACGACACUGAGGAUGACUUCAGUGGCAUGGGGGUCACUGUCACCGUCACCCCCAAGACUAGCAGCAACAGUCUAGCUAUUGUGCCUUCUGGCAUCAAAGUCACACACAGGUCAGGGAGUGUGUCGAUGUUCUAUGUGGAUGGGUGCUCUAUUCUGGCCAAUGACACAGUGAAGUGUGAUACAGGGAUCUAUAAGUCCCUGCAGGCCUGGAAGGACCACAAACUCCACAUCGAUCACGAGAUUGAGACCUUGCAGACAAAGAUCAAGAACCUAAGAGAGGUUAGGGGUCACCUGAAGAAAGCCCGCCCAGAGGAGUGUGACUGCAACCGCUACAUCUACAAGUCUAAGUACAAGAGUAAGCUCAGGCACAACGGAGGCAGCAUUCACCCAUUCAGGAAGGGUCAGGAUAAGAAAACGUGGUUGCUGAAAGAGCAGAAGAGGAGGAAGAAGAUGCGGAAGCUGCUGAAACGUCUGAGGAACAACGACACCUGUAGCAUGCCUGGUCUCACCUGCUUCACCCACGACAACCAGCACUGGCAGACCGCCCCCUUCUGGACCAUGGGUCCGUUCUGUGCCUGCACCAGUGCCAACAACAACACCUACUGGUGUCUAAGGACCAUCAACGAGACACACAACUUCCUCUUCUGCGAGUUUGCUACUGGCUUCCUGGAGUACUUUGACCUCAACACAGAUCCCUACCAGCUGAUGAAUGCUGUGAACACGUUGGACCGAACCAUUCUAAACCAGCUCCACGUUCAACUCAUGGAGCUCCGCAGCUGCAAGGGCCACAAGCAGUGCAACCCCCGCACCCGCAACCUGGAGCUGGGAGGUAAAGAGCGAAGCAGCUUUGAUGAAUACAGGCAGUUUCAACGCAGAAAGUGGCCAAAAGUGAAGAAGCCCACCUCCAAAUCACUAGGACAGAUUUGGGAAGGCUGGGAGGGAUAGGGUCCAUGAGGUUAGAGUGGCCCCGUCCGAAGCGCCCACUGUGGGGGGAACGGGAAUGGACUGGUCAGAACUUGAACCCUUGUACAGACUUGACGAG